ACUCUACUAAUUAUGUUUGGUGUUAAAUACUGAAUGGCACUUCAAUUUCUUCCUGGCCAUUCAUUUCUACCUUCUUUGUCCGAUCAUCAAUGGCAGCUCUCAAAGCCAUAAACUCCAUUACAUCUCCAACAAGAAUCACCAAGUUUACAUUUUUACCAAACCCCACAUGGUUUCAACCAAAACCCAUCUUCCAACAUCUCAAAACCAAAAGAAUUAGACUAUUUCCAGCUAAAUCCAGUUCAAAACCUAACACAAAUCAAGAAAAUGCAGCUGAUGAAUCCUUGUUAAAUGACUCAAUUUCAAUAAUCCAACCACAACCCACUUCAAAUCAACCUCCAUCUCCUUCAAUUUCAUCGUUUUCGCGGGGUUUAGUUUUUGAUUUAGGGCAGAAAGAUUCUUGGGAUAGCUCUGAAAUUGGUUCACCUGUAGUGAAAAGGUACCUCAGUGAUGAUGAAGAGAGAUGGUACAUGUGGUACCAUGGGAGGGAUAGUAAUGGUAAAGAUUCAAUUGGUUUAGCUGUUUCUAGUAAUGGGGUUCAUUGGGAAAGAGGUGAAAUUGUGUUGAAUUGUGGUGAUAAUUGGUGGGGUUUUGAUACACAAAGUAUUAGGCCAUGUGAGGUUGUGAUUAUGUCAAGUGCUAAAGUAAGAGCUAACAGCUCUGUUUAUUGGCUUUACUAUACUGGUUUUGGUUCUGAAAAGAUUGAAACUUUGAAAGAUUUAGAUAUACCGCGAUUUGGGAAUGGAGAUGGAGAGAUUUAUAAGUCAUUGCCUGGGUUAGCAAUGAGUCAAGAUGGUAGACAUUGGGCAAGAAUUGAAGGGGAACAUCAUUCUGGUGCUUUGUUUGAUGUUGGUUUAGAUGGUGAAUGGGAUUCUUUGUUUAUAGGUUCACCAAAAGUAGUAUACCAUAGUAGUGGUGAUUUAAGAAUGUAUUACCAUUCCUAUGAUGUUGAUAAAGGGUGUUUUGCAAUAGGGAUAGCUAGGUCAAGAGAUGGAAUGAAAUGGUUAAAGCUAGGGAAGAUUCUACAAGGUACAAGUGGUUUUGAUGAACUAGGAGUGUUGAAUCCACAUGUUAUACGAAAUCGAAAAGAUGGGAAGUAUAUGAUGGUUUAUGAAGGUGUAGAUGGAAAUGGGAGGAGGAGUAUAGGGAUGGCAAUGUCUUUAGAUGGAUUAAAGGGAUGGAGAAGAGUUGAAGAGAAUGAUCCAUUGUUGAAGAGAUGUGAAGAAGGGGGUUGGGAUAGUGAAGGGGUGGGAUCACCAUAUCUUGUUGAAAUGGAUGGAGAUGAUGAAGAUCAUGAAUGGAGAUUGUAUUAUAGAGGGAUUGGAAAAGAUGGAAGAAGUGGGAUUGGUAUGGCAAUGUCUCAAGGAAAUGAAUUCAAGAGUUUUCAAAGGUGGAAAGGGUUUCAUUUGUAGCAUUAGUCAAUAUGUCUUGUUUGUAGUUUCCCUCGAACGGUGGUGUUUAGACUAGUUUGCGUGUGUUUUGAUUGUUUCAAUUCAGAUAUAUUAAUACUUUCUUUUAAUACAGAUAUCGAGUAAAUCUAUAA